ACAAAUCUGUAAAACUGGAACAUGUGGUUGAUCUGAAUUUGAAACAUUUACAAUGGUUUUAUUGCAAGAGUUAAAAGUCCUUUGCCACGUCCCAUAUUUAAUACUUAGUGAUAUAGAAAAUAUAUCUUCAGAACUAAAUACUGUUUUUUCUUUUUCAUUUUUGUGUAUUCCCAUUCAGAACAUAUAUAGACAUAGUAGUUAUCAUUUAAUUAAAAGUCUAAAACCCCAUAUAGAUGCAUGAUUUCGUCAUAAUAAUUUUCGUAUUAUGCGUAUUUUAUUAUGAAAACAUGUUAUGAAUUUCGUUUUAUUUGGUUUUCGUACAUUUAUGUCCCAAAUUUUGAUUUACCGACAUCUAAAGAGCUACCCCAACCAUUAUUUCUUGCCAAUUACAAUUUUUUUUUUUUUUUUUUUAAAUUUGGGAUUCUAUUUACAUAUGAAAACUUCUACGUAUGCAUUUUUAUUUAUUUAUUUUGCGAGGAACUUGGCAUACACGCCUUCAUGAGAGUACGGAAAAAUGAUGACGUACCAUCAAACUGGUUCCAAUCAUAUAUAAUUGGAUAUAUCUUCACAAAUUUAUAUUUAAAUGCGAUCAUAUGCAACUAUAUAUUGGUACAGCUUCUUUGACAAAAAUUAUUUCAAACAUAUAUAUAUAUAUAUAUAUUAUAUACGUUUUUUCAAAAAUUAUUUUGGUAUAAGUUUCAAAUACAUUAGCAUAUUCAUCUAAGAUUGCGAAACUUUACAAUGACUUUGAUCAAACAAUAUUCAAUAUUAUAGGUCCUGUAUCUACGGACGUCCCUCUCCUAUGGAAUGGCAAAUGGAGGAAAACAAAAUGACUAUUGGCUAUUCUUGUCAAAUUAUAAGUCACACACAAACAAAACAAAACAGAAAUACCCUCUUGUGUUUUCUUUUCCAUCAUCGCUCAUUUUUUUAUGCGUGGGAUUUAUUCUGUUUAUUCUUGUUUCAAAUCUGAUCCAUCCUCAACCUAUCAACAUCAUUAUAAUAAAAAACAAAGAAAAAAGAUUGGAGGAAUAAGAAGAAAGAGCAAUUUGUAAAUGGAGGAUGAUAUAGUACCCUUAAGCGUCCCGUGAGAUCCUUCUUCAUCUUUGAGAUCGAUCCUUCCUUAGAAUAAUAAUAAUGCCUGUGCCAGAUCCACGGGCGGGGCAGGCGUUCAUCUGUCUCAUUACAUUAUUUCUUUUCCUAUCAAUCGCGGUUGGAGGCGGUUGUCUAAUUGCAUACACAAUCCUUCCUUACCCUCCAGUUUGGCUCUCCUACCUCGGCAUUGUCUUUGUUUGUCUCCCUUGGUUCUUUUGGAUCCUAACCUUUGCAUACCGCAUUGUUUCACGCACUUUUGGAUUUAGGAUGGUCGUUGGAUCCGGUGGUAACAAUAACAACGCGAGUGGAGAAUCCAUGCCGCGUGAUCUUGACCCUCCUGAGCAAUCUUUAGAAUCUCCCGAUGAUGAUGAUCCAGAGACGAUAGCUCACCCACAAGGCCAAGUUCUAGUGUCGAUUGAAGGGAAUCAAUCGAAGAAACGAAUGUCAACCUCCAGCAAUUCUACUAUCGGUUCGCAUGAAAGUGAGAUGCCACUAGCCAUUUCUAUGGGCUCAUGAUCAUAUAUGUUUUGUUGACACAUGAAGGGAUCUUGCCAUAGAUAUAGCAUCAGAAUGAAGAUGCUAACCAGAUACUUAGCCUCUUGAAAACAUGGGAAAUUUUGCUGUUUUUAUUUUGUAUCUUAUUCAGAUAGAUUUGUAGAUUCAACAAACAAACAAACAAAAAGAAGUGUACACCUUUUAAUUAGCACUACCAAAAGUUUUCCUCAAACCCUAACCCCUCAAAAAUCGACAUGGUUUUUAUUUUAUGUUUUAAAAUCAAGAGAAUGUUUGUUACGAAGGGGUGUAGUUUUAGAUGUUUUUGGUGUGGGACUUGCGUAA